AUGCGACUUCGCGGAGUGUUUCGUGCAGCCAAGGUGCUCAACGGACAACGUGCCAUUGGCACAAAAUGGGUGUUCAAGAUCAAGCGCAAGGCGGACGGAUCCAUCGAGAAGUACAAGGCACGUCUCGCGGCAAAGGGCUUUCGCUCAAAGUAUGGAAUCGACUACACGGAGACGUUUUCGCCCGUGGUCAAGCAUGUGACGCUGCGAAUGGUGAUCGCAAUUUCCAAGCAUUUUGGAUGGCCCAUCGACCAGCUUGAUGUGGUGACAGCUUUCCUGUAUGGCGUCAUGAAGGAACAAGUGUUCUGCGUGAUUCCUGAAGGCGUCGAACUUGACAGUACGUUCGACUGCCUGGAAUUGGUGAAGUCAAUUUACGGCCUCAAGCAAGCGUCGCGAGUGUGGAACGAGACGUGUUGCAUUGUAGAUCGGAGCGAGGAAAGCGGAGCAAACGGAGCGGAGAGACCGAAGAGAGUAGAGCAGAAAACACUUGCCCAAUAG